AUGAGGAGUACACGAUCCAAUUCAUUCAAGUCAAAGUUCAAGAACACAGUAGAAAUGACCUUGAAUCUUGAAGAUGACUAUUAUGAUUUUGUUGUUGAACCUGAAGAACAAAUACAGGAAGAAGAACAACAUGUGAAACGAGAAAGAAGGUCAAAGAAAAAUCUUGAUAAAUCAGUUGAACGAAAGAAAAGUCCUAAACCUUUGAAUGAACUACUUUUGGAAAGAGAGAUAAGGUCGAAGAGGAAAUAUGAUAGAGUUCCAAUUGUAAAAAAUUUAAAGAAUAAGGGAAUUGAUGAAUCUGUCAAAGAGGAACAAGAAGAUAAUGUUAGAAAAACAAAUAAGGAAUAUCCACCUGGUUUAAGAUACCUUCCAACCAGAAUUAAAUGUGAUAAGAUCACUGCAGCUGUUAUGGGGAUGUCGCCAGAACAAAAACAAGCAAUCUUGAGAAUGGGUUUUGGAUCAAUUCUGCGAAUGAAUAUUACAAGUUAUCUGGGGCAACUAAGCUACUAUCUUUUAGAUGUGUAUGAUGCCGAUAGUAAAAGACUUGUCCUACAGAACUCUGUUAUUGAGAUAACAGAGCAAACAAUGCAUGAUAUGAUGGGGUUGCCAAUUGGUGGAGAAGACAUCAAUGAGUUGCCAUUGUGUGAUAAGGGACAUCAAAUUCUGGAAGAAUGGAGGGGAUAA